GGACACGGAGCCGGCCAGCAGCAGCCGCGGCGGCGCCGCACGGACGAGCGCCCAGGGUCGGCCUGGGGUCCUAGCAGCUGGCACAAGCCCUCCCAGCUCUGCCCCCCACCCCUGGUGUGGAAGAUGCCUGAGCAGAGUAAUGACUACCGGGUGGUGGUGUUUGGUGCCGGUGGUGUGGGCAAGAGCUCGCUGGUGCUGCGCUUCGUGAAGGGCACAUUUCGAGACACCUACAUUCCCACUAUUGAGGACACCUACCGGCAGGUGAUCAGCUGUGACAAGAGCGUGUGCACACUGCAGAUCACUGACACCACAGGCAGCCACCAGUUUCCAGCCAUGCAGCGGCUAUCCAUCUCCAAGGGCCAUGCCUUCAUCUUGGUCUUCUCAGUCACCAGCAAGCAGUCGCUGGAGGAGCUGGGUCCCAUCUACCAGCUCAUUGUGCAGAUCAAGGGCAGUGUGGAGGACAUUCCAGUCAUGCUGGUGGGCAACAAAUGUGAUGAGACGCAGCGGGAGGUGGACACCCGCGAGGCCCAGGCUGUGGCCCAGGAGUGGAAGUGCGCCUUCAUGGAGACAUCGGCCAAGAUGAACUACAAUGUCAAGGAGCUCUUCCAGGAGCUGCUCACGCUGGAGACACGCCGGAACAUGAGCCUCAACAUCGAUGGCAAGCGCUCCAGCAAACAGAAGAGGACAGACCGCAUCAAGGGCAAAUGCAUCCUCAUGUGAGCCUGGGACGCCCG